AUGGAUAACGAAGCCAUACUAUCCAGGUGGAGGGAACUCGACGCGGUGCGUGCCAAAAAGAGGAGAGAGAAUUCGAAGUCCGUUGCCCUUUCAGACAUUGGCGUUUCCGCUCCUACUCCAGAAGAAACCCUCAUCUCGACAGAUUUCAGUGCCUAUUCUUCUACGUCGGUGAGAAUCACUCGAGCUUCGCCUCCAAAUUACGUUUGUUCCCGUUGACUGACAGGAGCUAAACUUCUGUAGAAAAAGGCAGAGCCAGUCACUCGACCUUUGACAAUGGCUAGCGACAAGUCAUCCAAUGCAAAUGGCAUCAAGAAAGGCUUCAUGGGAGGACAGUCAUGGGAUUCUGAGGCGACAUCACCCGUGAUAAACGACAUCUUCAAACUCAUUGACGACAUUCAAGAGCAACGACCGCAAAAAGACCCUCCCUAUGUAACAGAGUCACAGGCAUACGCUAUCGAAAUGGAACUCAAAAACAGCCGCAUGGCUUACGCGCAAUCUGCCAAACGAAUCCAAGAACUCGAAGAGCAACUUCGCAUCUCAAAGAGACAAAUCCAAGCACAACAGCGAAUAAUCAGAGACCUGGCACAGGAGGGCGAUGCAAAUAAAACCCGAAUCAAAGGCUUGGAACAACUCAUUCGGAAUUCCAGUAUUACACCAACUGUACAAAGUCCAGCCAUCGACGCAAAUGCCGUCCCAACUAAUGAAGAGAAGAUGCCUACUCCUCCACAUACGGUCAAAAAGAAGGUCAGCUCCUUAUUCCGACGGGAGGGUGGUAACUGCCAGAGUACCCGUCGCUGA